UGCAGCGUCUCAAAAGGGCCUGCUUUGAUCUUCUGCAGCAACCACAGAGGCUGAGACAGAGCCGAGCCUCACCCCCAACGUGAUGCUCAACACGGAGAGCAGCGAGGGAUAUGUGGUGAAGGUCAGGGGGCUGCCUUGGUCCUGUUCCACCGAGGAGGUGCAGAGGUUUUUCUCUGAUUGCAAAAUUCUAAAUGGGGCUUUGGGUAUCCGCUUCAUCUACACCAGGGAGGGCAGACCAAGUGGAGAAGCGUUUGCCGAACUGGAAUCAGAGGAGGAUGUGAAAUUGGCACUGAAGAAAGACAGAGAAACGAUGGGACACAGAUAUGUUGAAGUUUUCAAGUCAAACAACGUUGAAAUGGAUUGGGUUCUGAAGCAUACUGGUCCCAACAGCCCUGAUACAGCUAAUGAUGGUUUUGUACGUCUUAGAGGACUCCCAUUUGGCUGUAGUAAAGAAGAAAUUGUACAGUUUUUUUCAGGGUUGGAAAUCGUGCCAAAUGGGAUAACAUUGCCGGUGGACUUCCAGGGGAGGAGUACGGGGGAGGCCUUCGUGCAGUUUGCUUCACAGGAAAUAGCUGAAAAGGCUCUAAAGAAACACAAGGAAAGAAUAGGGCACAGGUACAUAGAGAUCUUCAAGAGUAGCCGAGCGGAAGUGCGCACUCACUACGACCCUCCACGCAAGCUGUUGGCAAUGCAGAGACCCGGUCCUUACGACAGACCUGGUCUUACGCGGGGAUAUAACAGUCUUGGUAGAGGAAGUAGCUUGGAAAGAAUGAGGCGUGGAGCUUAUGGAGGAGGUUAUGGAGGUUAUGAUGACUACAAUGGGUAUAGUGAUGGCUAUGGUUUUGGUUCUGAUAGAUUUGGAAGAGAAUGGACUCUUUUCUCUGCAGGAAUGUCGGACCACAGAUACGGCGACGGGACGUCCACCUUCCAGAGCACGACUGGCCACUGUGUCCACAUGAGGGGCCUGCCCUACAGAGCCACGGAGAACGACAUCUAUAACUUCUUCUCGCCCCUGAACCCCGUAAGGGUACACAUCGAGAUCGGACCAGAUGGCCGAGUAACUGGGGAGGCAGACGUUGAAUUUGCUACUCACGAGGAUGCAGUGGCCGCCAUGUCCAAAGACAAAGCAAACAUGCAACACAGAUACGUAGAACUCUUCUUGAAUUCGACAGCAGGAGGAAGCGGUGGUGCCUACGGCAGCCAGAUGAUGGGAGCAAUGGUCAAGGAAUCGGAAGGGGUAGUCCAGGACUGGAACACUAGCACGUUGGCAGGUAAACAGACCUAUGGGGAGAACUUAAAAGACUUUGUCGGUGGUGGUUGGCUUCUGGGGGCGGCGUCCCUGCGCGGUUCGGAGAGCUUUGGCUACCAGCGCUGUGGAGGCCGCUGCUUCGCUGCAGGGGUGUCUGGUGGCGGCGCGGGGCUGGCGCUGUUGCGGGCAGCCCUCCUGCGUGAGGCCGGGAAGCCUCCGGAGGAGCGUGGGACGCAGCAGCAGCUGGGUCCUGCUGGGCGUG